UCUCAUUUCUCAGCCAGGGCAGCCAGAAAGAGAGUUGCUUUGCAGGGCUGUGCUGGGCUGUGCUGGGCUGUGCUGUGAAGGGGAUCUUUUUUUAUUUUGCCAGUCACGUCUUUGCUUCGUUUCUGAGCUCGAGGGGUGAGCGUUGAAUUCCCUUCGUUGGAACCUGCUCAGCCCGGUGUUGUAGUCAACAGUUGAUGAGUCGAACUGUCCUACUUGUUGCGAGAUGCUGAAGCCCGGUGGAGACAUGGUUGUUAGUUUGCACUUCAAUGUGAGAUCCUGUGGUUGACCUGCGUUUUUGAAGAAGGCCCGUAUCAUCAGCUUGCUGAAUUCAAGUGAAAGCAAGUGCCUGAUACGGUACCUAUCCUGUGGAGAAAGAAAUCGAGCUUGCGAAUUAUUGAGUAAAGGAUUUCAGCUAUCUUGCUUCCUCUCAUGAUGACGAAAGAUGAUGACCAAGUGUCCGAUUGGACGAAAGGGCUUCCUACAAGCGAAGAGCUUACACCUUUGUCACAUACCUUAAUAUCUCGAAUACUGGCAAGUGCCUUUAGAAUAAAACAUGAAGAACCAAUGACAGAAGAAGAUGUUCGGAGAGAAUCUCAGGCUACCAUUCACAAUCUCUUCAAGCAAAAGCCCAUUCCAUCCUUUGAUGCAUUUCCAGCUUUUCAAGAACAUGAUGACGCUGGUGGCUAUGGGUAUGGAGUGGAGGGUCGCAGCAGUGGAGAGGAGUUCAGAGGUAACAGGCGAGUGGAAGAGGAGUUUCGAGAGAACCGAGGCGACGAAGAAUUUAGAAAAGAGUUUAGGGGGAAUCGACGGACCGAAGAGAGACGAGACGGGCGGUCCCUUGCAAUCGAAGAUCGCAUGGAUUAUCGAGGUUCAGCUUUUGGAUCUGAGAUCCCAAAACAGACCCGCGCGAGUGGGAGCGACACCACAACUCCACCGAAGGGAAGUAUGAAGAGCAAUACUGGAGCUGGAGGAUCUGUGGGGCAAGGCUUACAAGGCUCCGUGUCGAUUACCGCGACAAACACUGGACGAGAACACUCCUCGACACCUGUGGGGAAUACUAGGCCUGCAAGAUAUGGCCACGGAGCUGACACAGCUAAUACCCACGAAAGGCCAAUACAGCCCUCUUUACCUUACAUAAUGAACAGUCUGCCAUAUGGACCGUACGAGAGGGUGCCAGAGAGUUCGUAUGGUGGCCCGAGAGAAGACGAAAGUAGCAGAGGAGGAGGGUCUACAGACUUCGGGCGAAAGAUGGCAGAUUUUGAGCUGGAGGAUGCUAAUUCCGCAGGAGGGCUUAUGAACAGCAACGACGAGCCCCUCAAAAGGGCACGGCUUGUUUGGACUCCCCAGCUGCAUAAACGAUUUGUGGAAGCGGUUGGACAUCUGGGGAUUAAGAAUGCAGUGCCUAAGACAAUUAUGCAGCUGAUGAAUGUAGAGGGCUUGACCCGGGAAAAUGUGGCGUCUCAUCUCCAGAAGUAUCGGCUGUAUCUCAAGCGUAUGCAGGGCCUUUCUAAUGAUGGGCCAUCGGCGUCAGAUCACCUCUUCGCUUCGAUGCCUUUGCCUCCUGGGAUAAUGGCUCCUGGCAUGAAUCCACAUUUCAUGGGAAGCUCUUCUAGUCAGCGUGACGAUGGUGGCUCUGCUUUUGCAACCCCUAUUAUGCCCAUGCCUUUCCAAGGGCUUGUUAGACCGGGACCCUUAGGAGGUUAUGAGUACAUGCCUUACGGUCCUAUGGGUGGUGGUUUCAUGCAACGGGCUCCAAUGCCAGAUCCUCGGGAGGCUGCUACAGAAAAUGAGAGCCGGAGUCAUGCUAGUAAUAAUCGAAGUAACAAAUCCCAGAGCCAGAGCCAGAGUCAUCAGAGCCUGCCAAGCUCGUCUUAUCAGCAUGCACUCCCAUUGUUUCCUACAAACUGACUUUGAAGUUCACUCCUGGAAACCUUGUCACUGGCUCUCUUUAUUCAGCAUGGCCUUGAUGGGUUCAGAUGUCGAAGUAAGAUUUUUCUAGACGACGUUCAAGCCCUGUCCUACCUGGCUAGUGACUGAUGGUAUGGUUCUCCUCUUUACAGUAUGUAUUGACCUCUUCUUGGUGUCUGCUGAAAAAUAAAUUGUAUGAUGUUAAGAUGAACCUAGUUAAUCUGUAUAUUUUAACUUAGAUAUUUACUAAUAGUAAUACUUUGUAGAAAACGUUGAGAGUGUAUUUUGAAUUUGUCGUGAAAGCAACCCUCUUUUUCUUUCUU